UGGUCAGUAACUCGUCAUAGUUACUUCCUGAAUAGAGAAAACAGAAGUGCGCCAAUUACUAUUAACAGCUGUUAGUUCGAUUAUUUCGAAGAUAAUGUAUCCAAGUAUUAAAGAAAGUGAAGAAGUCUACAGCAAAUACUACCAGGAAUCAAGCGAAUCCUUUAAAGGUUGCCGAUCAUAUACUUUUGACCUGAAUUUUAAUACUUUUAUUCGAGGACACGCGGGGUGGAUCGCCCCAAACAUUACCAUUAUGAAUCAUCGGCUUAAUUUCGCAUCAAGGCGGACUGUUGCGUAAACGAUAUUAUCAUGGACGUUAAAAGUUCUUUACUCUCUCAGAAAGAGCAGCAGAAUUGGCCGAGGUGGCCAUGGACUUUCGGUAUGUUCAAAGGUGACACGAAACGUGACGAACCUCACACACAAAAUAGAACGACACCGCAUCAAAGACGGAGUCCACUCUUGCGCUUAGACAGUAUUGGAGAAAUUUCAUCAGAUGAUGACUUAACACACUGGACUUCGGGUUCGACUGGUUUUAAUACCCAAGAUCAGGUACGAGAAACAAAUACACCAGGUAACUUCACCAAAAUGAUGGGCUCCUAUUUUACUAAGUUUUCCAAUUUCUUCAGUGAAAGAAACAUUUUUAAUCCGUGUCAUUAUCAGACUGCCACUGGGUCGAGAAUGACUAGUAAAAAUAUACAGAGUCUAGAUGCCACUAAUUGUUCUCCAAAUAUGAAUAAAUCAAGAAGUCAGUCUGCAGGAGCAUCCCAAGUGAAUGCAGAAAUUUACCACUGUGACAACAAAUCAACUAGUGAAUCACAUUUUUCUAUGAGGAAAAUACCAGACAUGGAUAAAGUUUCUAGUUACAUUAAACCAGUUCCCAGAAUGGGGGCUGUAACACAGCUUGGUGCCAUAUUAGGUCAGCUGCAUAUUUCUCAGGACAAAGCAGAUAAGACUGCAGAGGCAGGGUGUAAAGGUGAGAGGAAAAGGUCACAUGGGGAUAUUGAAGAUGGUGACAAAGGCACAUCUCAUGACAGUACAAUUAGCAGUCCCAAUGAUGCAAUGAAACAAAGCCCUGAGCAAGAUGCUGGAGUGUGUGCUCAGCUUGACUGGAAAGAAACACUUGUGAACCAGACACCAGAUUUUGUUUUCAAGCUUAAUGUAAAAAUUAAUUCAGAUGAUGGAAUGCAAGAUGGAGGUUUGCUCAAAAUUGGUGCAAUGAAGAGUACAGUUUGUAAUCACAGUAUGCCUGAUUGCACUGGCACAGGUGUAAACUCUCCAGAAGUAUAUACCUGCAUGCCCCAUUGCAAUUGUGUCUGUCAUGUGACAGAGAUCAGUUUAUGCAAUAAUGAUAUUACAGUUUCCAACCCUAGUGAUAAUAAGUCCGUCAGCACUCCAAGAAACAGUAAUUCAAGGCAAAAGAAAAAGAGGAGGAAGUCCCGUCCAUCUGCGAAAAAAAGACAGAGACAGAAAAAGCGCCAAGCCAGUUUUCAGACAAACUUUUCUUGUCACCAACCUACACAAAAUUGUGAUAUGAAGAAAAAACAGAAAAUUGAACAUCCCAAUGUGGUUGAUAAUUCAAACACAUUUCAAAUAGGUGCUAAAGACAAGAACUUCCAUAGUUCUGUAGCUUUUAUUCUAGGAAAUGUUGAUAGUGAUUCUGAGGAUGAUUGCAGUGAUUUCUGUGACUCUGACACAGCUGCCCCUUUCGUAGUAUUUGUAGAGGAAGAGUUUAUUGAUCCCUUUGAAGGAAGUUAUCUCUAUGACUUUGAGGAAACUGAUGGUCUACAUUCCAUGCAUGAUCCUGAUCACCCUUUAAACCUGCAAUUUGACGUAUUUACCAGACAUGUGCCAAAAGUUAGCUCCAGUCCAGAGAUGAGGACUUUAGAAAAAGGCAGGCUGUUUGACCUUGAAGAUGACCACUAUCCAUCCUUCCAUUCUGAUACAACACCCAAAAGGGUGCAUUUUCCAGAUGAGGAACAUAUUGCAACUGUGUAUGAAAUUAUGCAAAUGGAUGAAAAUGAAUGUCGCAAAGGUCCCUGGGAAGCCUAUGCUGUAGACAGAUGUAGGUUCCAGAAAAGAAUUGCUGAAGUAAAUGAUGCUAUUGGUUACUGUUUUGAUCCUCAGCACAGGCAGCACAUUUUAGAGUUUAUCCGAGCAUGCCAAGCCAAAGAUUAAUCAGUUUUUGUUUUAGAUUGUUACAAAAUGACUCCUUAAAGUUAUUUGAAUGAGUUAAUCUACUUUUUAAGUUUAAGUAGUUGACGAAAUCUUCAGCUGCCUUAUAAAUCAUGUACAGAGUGGAUUUUGAAAACCCAGUGAUUUAAAUAUCUCUGACAAAAGAUGAAUAGUUUGUAGCAAAAAAACUGGUUGAGGUUCUUUGAAGGCAAACCAUUUUAGAGAGGUUAAAUAUGCACGUUUAAGGUGUUGUGCAGGUCACAAGUAUUGAUAUGUUGUUUUGAAAUCCAUAUUGUGGACAAGUGUGUCAGACAUAGGCUAUAAACACGUCAAGGGUUUUAUUUACCUCCUUCAAGUAGUUUUCAUUUAAUGCAGCAGAUAAACUUGUGUUAAGCGUUCAUAAGAGCUUAUUUUGAAUACUGAGUAUUUGUGAUAUUAUAUUAAUUUAUUGAAGACUAUUGUAAUUUUAUCAAAUAAAAGCUAUUCAAUUUCGG